CAUUGUUGCAGACGAACUGCAACUGGUUCAACAGAAAUUGCAGGAAACGUUAAAAGCAAGACAAAAGUUUAUCGCAACUGAAUCUAAUGUUUUGGAACAUUUCCCAAUAUUUUUAUAUGAUUCGUCAUUGAUUGAUUUUGAUUUUAAUCUUCGGAAUGGAGAGGCGAUUUCGAACAGUCUUUUAGAAAACUGGGAAAAAUAUGAAAGCUGUGUGGAGAAAAUUUUAAUUGAUGCCGCUGGCGGACCUAGUCUGGGAAACUGUACUGAUUGGGCCACUGAAGUGCUACCUUAUUUGAUGCUUUUAAAGCUGCUGCCAUCUACUGCCAGUGGACGCGCCCAAAAGAAAGUAAACUUUCAAAAAUCUGUCGAUAGUUUUCUUUCCUUUGAAAACCUCAACACCCCUAUCGCAGAAUAUGCAGCUGAGACUAGUCAGCCCACCAUCGUUGCAGUUGGACAAGACAGAGCCACAAUUUGUCAGUAUUUUAUAACCAUUAAUGGCAAGAAGGUAAAUGUUCCCAUCAAUUAUAAAUUCAGCCAAGUAUUCGACCUGUAUUUUAAAGCAUUUUAUGUAUUUAAUAUACAAUUUGAUGUAACUUUGGCGAACUUCUUGGGGUUUUUUGACAAAUUUAUUUACAAAAUCAACGAUAAUAAGAAGCCAAGUACUAGGUUAUUAGAAGUGCAAUCGAAAUUCGAGAAUAAGUUUAAGGAAUUAAUGAAGUAAGUUUCAUAUAAAAAAAAUGGCAAAAUUUUGCUUUUUAUGUUCCAGAGAAUUUGAAACCGUAACAAAUGUUGUAUUUCAUUUAAAAAAUUAACAUUUUUUAGCGGAGGCUCACGGUUUAAAGUUAAGGUGUGUUUCCUCUAAAACAUGUAAAAGAGUAUUUAAUACAUUUAGUUCGUUAAGUAGGCAUUCCAAACUUUGUAAUCCUAUUAAUAUAAGCAGCGAAAUUCCAAAAAAGAAAAUUGAACAAAUAUCAAAACCAGAAAAUGUAAAUACUCAAAGUCCUGCCAUUGACAAUGAUAGACCAUCUUGCUAUUUUUCUUCAGUAGAGAAUUUUGAAGCUUUCUCGAUUGCUUCAUCACUUUCAAAAAAGUUGAUAUUAUGUGGAAUUUCAGAAACAAAAAUUGGUGAAAUAUUUACAUCGUUUGAAGUUCUAAUAAAUAACAGCUUUGAUAAAUUUGAAAGGUACUUAAUAGAAAAACAUCCUGAGAUAAGAGAGAAUUUAUUUAAGGAAAACUGUAUUACUUUUCGGGGUGAAUUGACCGAUGACUUAAACAAUAUUCAACAAAAUUUAGAAGAGGAAAACAAUGUAGAAAGACAAACUUUUAUGUCCUGUGAACUAAUUGAAUAAAAUCUAUUAUUAAAUUAAGCUAUUGUUCCUCUAAUAUAAUUUUAAGUUAUUUCAAAUAAAAUGUAUUUCUUAACAAAAUUUUAUUUUGAUUUUUAUUUUCAGCACAUAGCUUUCCAUAAUGUUCAAACAAGCAAUCCUUAUUUUAAAAAAUAUCAAAUUUCUCCUUAAUUGUACAUGAAAUGUGGUAUGUUUUAUUAACGGGGUUGUAAAUUUGUUGAGCACUGUACGCAUUGGGUUUGCUUUUAAUACCAACAAUAUAGUAAAUCUAAUCCAAUUUUGUUUUUGAUUAUAUUCCAUAAAAGUAUUAAAUCCAUUCCAAUUAUCAGAUAGAUCCAAAACCAUCUCUGUUACUUUUAAUACGAACAAUAUCCUAAAUCUAAUCUAAUAUCGGUUUAGAUUUAAUUCCAUAAACUAUAAAAUCUAUUCCAAUUAUCAUAUAGAUCCAAAACCAUUUAAGUUAUUUUUAAUACGAACGAUAUACUAAAUCUAAUCCAAUUUUGGUUUUGAUUAAAUUCAAGAAAAGUAUUAAAUCUAUUCCAAUUUCGAGAUAGAUCCAAAACCUUUUCAGUUUUAUUUUCAAUCCCUAAAAACUAUAGAAUUUAGCCCCAUGGUUUGUUUCUAAGAAGAAAAGCUUAUUUGAAUUAAUUCCAAAUAUAUUAUUAAUUUAAUAGCAAUAAUACAUACUCUCUCAAUCUUUUCUCUCCCUCUUUGCUUAAACCAGUAUGGUUUUAAUCUAAUACUUUCUGUCAUUGUUAUAUAUAAACACCAAAAUGGUAUUAAAAUUAAACUAAAUU